CGUGUCAGCCCGUCCAGUUGUGCCGCAGCUCGCUUUACGGCAGCCUCUCGCGACGCUCCUCCUUUUCCUCUCCUCGCUAAGAUGGCGGCGGCCGGGACUCUCUACACCUACCCUGAGAACUGGCGGGCGUUCAAAGCCCUCAUCGCUGCCCAGUACAGUGGUGCCAAGAUCAAGGUCCUCUCGGCCCCGCCUCAGUUCCACUUCGGGCAAACCAACAAGACCCCUGAAUUCCUGAAUAAAUUCCCCGUUGGGAAGGUUCCAGCCUUUGAAGGAGAUGACGGCUUCUGUGUGUUUGAGAGCAACGCCAUUGCACAUUACGUCAGCAACGACGAGCUGCGAGGAACCACCAAGGAGGCAGCCGCCCAGAUCAUCCAGUGGGUGAGCUUUGCUGACAGCGACGUCGUCCCUCCUGCCAGUACUUGGGUCUUCCCCACGUUGGGCAUCAUGUGUUAUAACAAGCAGGCCACGGAAUAUGCCAAGGAGGAAGUGAAGAGGAUUCUGAGCACCCUUGACUCCCAUCUGAAAACCAGGACAUUCCUGGUGGGCGAGCGGGUCACGUUGGCUGACAUCACGGUCGUCUGCACUCUCCUCUGGCUUUACAAGCAGGUUUUGGAGCCCUCUUUCCGCCAGCCUUACGGCAACGUCAACCGUUGGUUUGUGACCUGCAUAAACCAACCGCAGUUCAAGGCUGUCCUGGGAGAGGUGAAGCUGUGCGAGAAGAUGGCGCAGUUUGACGCUAAGAAGUUUGCUGAGAAUCAGCCCAAGAAGGAAACGCCCAAGAAGGAGAAGCAGCCAAAAGAAGAGAAGAAGUCGGAAAAGAAGGAAGAGAAGAAACCAGCACCUGAGCCCGAGGAAGAGAUGGACGAGUGUGAGCAGGCCUUGGCAGCUGAGCCCAAAUCCAAAGACCCCUUUGCUCACCUCCCCAAGAGCCCCUUCGUCAUGGACGAGUUCAAGCGCAAGUACUCCAACGAAGACACCCUCACGGUGGCCCUGCCUCACUUCUGGGAGCAUUUUGACAAGGAGGGCUGGUCCAUCUGGUACGGCGAGUAUCGCUUCCCCGAGGAGCUGGCGCAGACGUUCAUGAGCUGCAACCUAAUCACAGGCAUGUUCCAGCGCCUGGACAAGCUGCGCAAGAAUGCCUUUGCUUCCGUCAUCCUUUUUGGCACCAACAACGAUAGCAGCAUUUCAGGCAUCUGGGUCUUCCGUGGGCAGGAGCUUGCCUUUCCGCUGAGUCCCGACUGGCAGGUGGACUACGAAUCCUAUACUUGGCGGAAGCUGGACCCGGAUAGCGAGGAGUGCAAGACCCUGGUGAAGGAGUACUUCCUGUGGGAGGGGGAGUUCAAGCACGUCGGCAAGGCCUUCUGCCAGGGCAAGAUCUUCAAGUGAGGCGAAGGCCGGAGGACUGUUCCCAAAACACGGACCUAAUGAAGGACAAAGAGCCCCCUGGAGCCGCCAGUGGCCAGAACAUCGCAAGGAGGGAGAGAUGGCGUGACGUUCCAAGACGUGUAUUAAAAACCCGAGUGUGCUAGUA